AUUCAUUGCUAACCAGCGAUCUCCAAAGGGUUUGUUCCUAGCAAGUUUUUUGUAAGCGCAAUCCGCGGCUGGCAUCGAUCCCUGCAUUCCCGUUCUUUGUGAAACUAUAAUGUAAAUUAUCUACUUUGUGUAAGAAAAUAUUGAAUGUUGAAAUCGUAUUUUUAUAUCGCAUAAUCUAUUGAAUCUUGAAAGCAGAAAGUUGAAGGAAGCUUUUCGCGCACAAAAGAGCAACGGAGGUGUUGCGAUUAAUGGGGCGCAAAAUGCGCGACGAUGAAACGAAGAUUCAGUAACGAGUUGAGAGCUGCGGCAAGUGCAGAGCUGUCGGCACCGCAGGAAAUUGCCAAGAAUCGCGAAUCCCGGUCGUCCGGUUUACGACUUUCUCAAGCUUCCCCUGUUGUUCAGAGUGGUCCGUCCCCGUAUCCUCGUCCAGUUGUCGGCUCCUCUUCCUCCUCAAGCUCCUCCUCGACGGGUGAGCAGAAGCAGCAGUUUUGUCCCACCUCUCAACACACAGCUCAGGAGAACGCGGUGGUCGCGCCGCUAGGUCUGCCAGUUUACAACGACGCCAUAGGAGCCGCAACCACCAGCGGUGGCGCAACAUCGUCGAAUACGACUCUCAAUAAUAACGUGCAGGUCCAAGAAUCCGAACCCCAGAGUGGGCAAGUGCAGGUUGGCGGUGUCACAGAGACCGGAGUCGCAGCGAACGGGAACUCAGGGGCUUCAGAACUGGACAAAAUGGGCGCAGGGACUCGAAUGAGCUUUACGCCAAGUCCCUUUCGGAACAUAGGUUUUGGCAACGCGAAUCAACGUCCUGUUAGCGGUCUGAUGAUGCAGAAAAUAGAAUCACCACAGUGGCAGGCAUGUAUGGUACAUCAAAAUAGAGAAUAAUCAGUUUCUUUGGAGGUGCAUGAUUGGCCAGAAUCUUUGUCUUGCGUCAGAAAUUGUGCACGUAGAAAUACUCACCGUAAGUUUUGUUGCUCCUAUGCAGCUAGGUGCGUAAGCUUUUAUUAGUUCUUAAGUUGUUUUCCUAGGUUUUUCUAAAAUGAACCUCUGUGUAUCAUACAUCACUUUUUCUGAUAGAUUCCGACCCCGGAACUGAUGAAAAUGCGAUGGCCUGGGCAUUCGAGCGGUAACAAGGCAAACAACAGUUUCAACGAGCGCAUCGAACGUGCUGCCGGCGCCUCGUCAUCUCCUUCAGAUAGUCCGCUGCAGGCACCGCCGCUAUUUGAGAGCCAGAGCAGCGCAUCUCAGCCGUCUCAAUUUGCAUCUCAGCCAUCGCAAUAUCGGGUUGCGGGUACUACAGGACCAAGUUCGAGUAGCAGCUCCAGUGCUUUCCCGCAGGCAGCUGCUACAGCAGAUGUAAAAAUUCACACCAGCUGCAGCUCAACAUCUAUGUUCCUCGGUGGAGGAGACAAGCAUCCACAGGCGAGGAUACCAAGUAAAACAGGGCUUGUCGGCAACGCAGCAACGACCGGUAACAAUUUGCUCAGGAUGCAGCAGCCAGCAGCAUCCUUCCUACUGGCACCGAUUGGCGGGAGUCCAGCUGCGAGAGUAGCUGAAAGUCCUGUGAGUAUUGUGCAGACACCGAGCGGUGCGUCGGCGGGUAACAACCUAGCAAGUCGGGUCUUCAGCUCCGGACCGCGAAGUGCGAGCAAUAGAUUUGCUACGCGACAAAGUGCAGAAGGCAACGCGAGCAGACCAGUAUUGUCGUGAUGUGUGAAAAAUUAGAAUUUUUCUUCAUCCCGUUUUUGACUUGUGAAUAGUUACCCUGCAAACUAGACUUUCCGUUUUCAACCAGGGCUUUUUACAACCUAGUCAGCGUGGCGUGGGGCGGUCACCUGAAAAUAGAACGCCAGUGGGACGCGCUUCUCAGCCUGCAGCGAAUCUUGAACACAUGUCUCCCCUUUUGCGCUGGAAUUUCGAAGGUAAUUCACGACACUGUUUUCGAUCCUGAAAAUUCAAAUUGAAAUUUGUAGCACACCAUUCAGAAGAUUGUGCCUUAAAUAAAUGGUUUUCAUGUCUGUACAGGAAAAUUUGGUGCGUCGGCGGGAGAUCCGCGUGCGGAGCGAGACAGGCGGUCCGCUCCUGCCGUUCCGAGUUGGGUAUCUCCAGUCGAUGAGGAGAUAGAGGAACAGAACUCUCCUGACGCAGAACCACCUCUGCGAAGACCACGACAAGCGUCUUCGCCUGCGACUAUGAGCUUCUGAGGAAUUGUAUAAGGGAGAAGAUGACACGGCGCGAUGCUGAUGCGUAGCAAAUGAUUGCGGAGUCUGCAACAUUUAAUUUUCUGCUUGAUGGGCGCGAGGAUAUUGCAAUGAGUGAGGCGGGAAACGGACCUUCUUUGUCGCAGGUCAUGCGGCAUGCUGCAGCGACAGUUCGCGCAUUUCUAGGCUGGUGCUGCUCUUGCCCUAAUUCACAAUUUUGCAAUGACGCGGCAGCGGUCUCUCGUGAAUGCACAACUUGAACUUUUUCUAAACGGGAUCUCAAAUUCAGACGCGUGUUUUUCUUCUUGGGCAUACGAACAGCAGCAGAUGCUAGGCCAGUGCCUUAAUCAGACCGGUCGUCAAGAACAAGAUGUUCACUUUUAUCUUAUUUUGACAUCAGCGCGACACAGUUUAAUUGUGCUGAAUGACAGUCGACUAUUUGAUUACCGGAGAACAAUUUGGUGAGAGGACGAGCACAC